UUCAAAAUAUGCCGACUGCCGAGAUGUGAUCGGACACCCGAUACAGGCGUAGCAUCGCUCGCUGUCUAUUCGCGCUGCACCAGGUUCCAAACAGCAUUCAAGACCCGGAGGCUGCGGCCACAGCUCACUGCUCUGUACGUCUUCCUCUCCCUGCAUAUUCCGGAACUACUUCUGAACUGCAAAGAAUCUUGGGUGCAAUCGUUCGUGAAUCGAGGUGCGCAGAAGAUGCCGACGUUGAUCGUCACGCUGGACAUGGAUUGCUGCCGCUGCAGCUCCAAGAUCCAGAAGGUCAUGUCCUCCAUCCAGGACAGGGGCAAGUUCGACAUCGAGAAGAUCGUGUACGGGGAGGACAGGGUGCUCGUGUCGGGCCCCUUCGACGCCGACCAGCUCUCCUGCAAGAUCUGGUGCAAGGCCGGCAAGAAGAUCAUCAAGAACAUCGAGGUCGCCAAGCCGCCGCCGGCGCAACCCAAGCCCAAGCCCGACCUUCCCAAGCCCAAGAAAGACGACGAGAAGCCGGCCGAGUCCAAGCCGCCGCCCGCCCCGAGCGACCAGGCGGUACAGUAUGCGUAUCCGGUACCGUACCCGCAGUACCCCGCGACAUGGCCGUGCGGCUGCGCUACGCCGUACUGCGAGUGCCACUCCAAGCCAGCUCCUCCGGCGCCGGCGCCGACGUGCCAGUGCUCGACGGGGCCGUCUUGCCACUGCUCCUCUUACCCGCCGUACCAGAUGCCGAUGCCCAUGCCGUGCACGCCGAUUGUCAUCUGCGAGGAGAGCCCGCCUGCCUGCGCCGUCAUGUAACUGAAAAUAAGAGAACACCUAAUUAGCCACCACCGUGGCACCGGCACCGGCAGGCAUGUAGCAACGUUCGUGCUCGAAGGUUUACCACCUCUUCGAACGAAACCCUCUAUGUAUCUACAGUUCUAUACUCCAUGCGUAACUUGCCUGUAAUUCUGUCACGAAUACCUUAAUUAAGCAGCUUCAAGCCAUGUUUUCUGAA